AUGGGUCUGAUGGAGAAGCUGUCGUUGUGGCUGGGAGGGGGCCGCGUGGAGGCAACGGUGCUGCUGCUGGGCCUGGACAACAGUGGCAAAAGCUCCCUGCUGCAGGCACUCAGGGCAGCCAACCCCACGCCUCCCAGCGAACAGGAUCUCUUCACCGGCGGCGGCGUGACGUUCCGCGCGUGCGACGCGCCCGGAGCCGCGAGAAUGCGCGCGCUCUGGGAGCGCCACUUCUCUCGCGCGGACGCCAUCGUGUUCGUGGUGGACGCGGCAGACCAUCUGCGCCUCGUGGUGGCGCGCGAGGAGUUGCAGCUGGCGUUGGCGCACCCCGCCCUGCGGCCGCGCCGCCUGCCCUUGCUCGUGCUGGCCAACAAGAGCGACUCUCCGCACGCGCUCUCCGCCGCCCACGUGGCAGCAGCUUUGGGCCUGGAGCGCGUCGGGGACAAGCCGUGGCACAUCUGCGCCACCAGCGCCGUGUCGGGGGCGGGGCUGGCGGACGGCGUGGCCUGGCUCGCGAGGCAGCUGCGGGACCAACACGCGCACCGCAAGGCCUCAAACUCA